CCACCUCUAAUGCUAACAGUUAAUUCUAUUUAGCUGACAACAUGAUCGAAUCAUUGGACUGUUUUGCGAAUUACGACAAGUUUAACCAGAAAGACCAGAAGCGCUUAGAAAGUGCAUUACAAGACGGUACUUUAGUGUUUCCCAAGUCGUUUAGCCCCACCAAGAAAGUUGCUUUUGUUAAAGCUUCCAAGCAGCAUUAUGUAGGGAUGAUUGUGGGAAAGAAAGGAACUAACAUCAUGCAAAAGCGUAAUCAAACCAACACAGAUGUACAAAAUCCUCAGCAGGAUGAUGAACCUACCUUCCGAGUAUAUGGAGAAAGCUACAAGGAUUUGGCUGAGAUGGCACUUUGGAUAUUGGAGCAGGAUGACAGACUAAGUGGAAAAGAUUCUAACAACGGGAGAUUUAAAACGGAGGCGCGUAUUUGGUGUUGUCCAAAGUAUGUGGGAUUGUUGGUAGGACCCAACGGUGGAACAAUAAGGCAGAUCAUGGAGGACACUUCCUGCAGUAUUCAGUCACCACCACGAAAUGAGAAAGUAAAGUUCUUCAAUCUCACUGGUUCUGUGGAGGAGAUAUCAAUGGCAUUUGCGGAAAUGGACUACUUGAUAAAGCAGAAAUACAACAAUGACCAGUCCGGAUACUACAACUCCAACAAGACCUGUGACUGUGUCAAUGUUUGUGAAAGAUUAAAAUUGUUCACCGCCGAAGGGGAUGGACCAGCCACUCAACUCUCUCACCUGAACAUGCCACUUAACAUGCCUAAUGUGAACACAAUGAAGAACACCUCCCCACCCAUACCACCUUCACCUUCCAACAAAAUACCUUACAACAGCCCUUACAUCACCCCAGAUCAGUUAGUCAGGGGACAGUACGGAGAUCUGGAGGGAGACUUCAGUCAGGCUGCUCGUAACAGCUCUGGUAUGGAAAACACCCCUUCAAUACGGGGUUCUAGAGUAUUCUCUGGAGGCAAUAACAGGACUAGGAACACUAGUCCCAACUACACGCCCCAACCUCCAAUCCCAUUCACCGCCGGAACAGAUAACUCCGGCAGUCCGCCGUACAGCAACCAACAAACUCAGCUAUCAUAUAAUAGCCAUCCUAACAAGGAAUUGUUGGAUUUGCUCAAUCUGCAGAACUACAAUCUGAAUUUCAACGAGGAUCUUGUUCGGCUGCUUCCUCUCCUUCUAGAGUUUCAGAAUCAUCAGAUGAACCAGAGUUGUUCUCCUAAAACUGCGCCCUCUGUCAAUGACAGAUCAAGUCCUUAUGCUAAUCAAUCCUUGGUGAAUGAUUUUGUCAACUCUCCGAAGAAUACCAACAGAUUGCCUGAGACAACGAACCAGUGUCCUGUUGACAUAUUGUCCGAAAUGUCUCGUCUCGCACUCAAUCCUGGAAUGAACGGAAGAGAAACGAUUUCACGUCCAUCACAAAACGUCUUUGACGGUAUCCACUUCGCUUCCUUCUAAGAAGAUUCGAGUACUUCUGCUGUUCCAAAAACACUACACUGUCCUUGAUCGUAAUUCAAAAUUCAGUCGUAUAUGAAUUCAUUAUUGACGAGACAACUUAUUUCCUGUUUAAAUUUAUGUGUUUGCCUGAUCAUUAUUUGACUCCUUGUGUAACCAAAUAACCACGAUAGAGAACUAUUUAUUUGCUUAAUCAUGAUCAUAAUUAUGAUCAUUGAUCAUGAUCAUGUGUUAAAUUUAGAGUUUGAGUUGACGCUAAUACCAUAAUAAUUCGUAUUUUUCAAUAUUUGUUUAAUGUUUAUUUAUUUAUUACCUUAUCGUUAUUCUUUAUCUAAUUUAACCCUAUUUGAGUGUUUAAGUUGCAGUUUGACGUUAUAAUUUAUAUUUAAUGAACCGACCAAUUUCUAGUGAGACAAUACUAUGUCUCAGAGAACUAUUUGUGUACCUAUUCUGCUAUGACAUACCACAAUCCGAUAACGUUGAAUCAUGAUUCAUCCAGUUUGUUAAUUUGCUUUACUAUAACUUGAGUAAAGGGGGAGUAAUACAAUUUUGAUGUCUUAAUUUCUCAAAACACUUGUCCGAUCAGAUCAAUUUUUUUAAAACCGGCACUACCCCUUUACUUGGUUAAUUAUCAUAAUUACUGUUUUUGUUCAAAGUUUCUGGAACUUUUACUGCAGCAGUUACUAUACGAUUUGUUUAAUCUUGCCUUGACGGCCUUCUCCAUUAACUGCUGCAGCUCUGUUCUCAUUUGUUAUAAAGUUGUACGUGCGUAUAACUAUUCAUCUCGAUGAAUGGCGGUUAGUAUGUUUGCGUUCCGGAUCGGAAUGUUACUAAUCGUUCGCAGCAAGUAGCUGGAGCUCUUUUUCUUAGGAUGGAACUGGUUUUAACCACAUUCCCGCCUAAGAGUAGCUCCUUUACUUGUUUGCAAAGUAGUCACUUUAAGUUUUACAUUAAAACCCUGAGAAACUGGACCCCUUGUAAAAAUACUGCGCUCUGAGUGUUCCCACAAAAUUUUGGAAAUAAUUAAAGGUAGCAACUUUUCUCAGCCCAAGCAGGUUUUAUUUAAAACGUGAGAACGAUUCCUGUAAAUGAAGAGCGCAGUUUUCUUGUCGCACGUUGUGUGUUUCCUUAACCGUGCGCUUCAAGCCGGCCGGCGGUGCACGGUUAACGAUCCGCAGAGCGUGAGGUGAAGGUUUUCCCGGGUUUUACUGUAUUUAACGUUUUUCAAAUAUUUUAAUUUCCUUUACUAGUCACCCUCUGACCAGUUUAAUUGUUUAACCAGUAGAAAGACAGUAUUUCCGAUUAUCUGUGUAUCCAAUUUAAUUGCCCUUUGGCUAUUUUGGUGGAUGAUAAUUGUUUCGAAUCUUGAUGCUGUUGAAUUUAUCGGUAAUUGUUCAGAAUCUAGGGAACGAAUUGUUGAAAAAAACGAUUUUUUAAAAAUGUAUCCAAAAAUUUAUUUCUGAUAGUUUAGCGAUGAAUCUUAAUUUCUUCUUUUUAUAGUGACAGUUCAAUGUUUGUUUUUCAUUUUAAGUGUACUUUUUCUAAUGAGAUUGACAUUUUCUAUCGCAUUAUGUAAGCCAUUGCAUUAUUUAUUAUAAUUUAUUAGUUUUCAAUGAA